AUGUCCUCCGCUGCUGGCAUAAACUACUCUGAACUCCUUGCCCUCUACCAGGAGAACUUCGUCAGCAACUGCGCCCAGGUCGCUGUCGCGGCUGCCUUGGCCUUCGAGUAUGCACUCACUGUGGAACAAGGAAUCCGUAUAUUGCGCGGCAAGAAGACCGCAACCUUCUGGCUGUUCCUUUUGAAUCAACUAGUCAUGGUAGGCUUGGUGGUCACCAACGUUCUGGAGAUGGUUCCUUGGACAUCGAGUUCGUACUCCUCCGUCAUGGUCACAUACAUAUCUACGGGGGUCCCCGGUUUGACGUUUUGUGAUCCAAUCUCCCAUUUCUCCAUGGCAUUCGAUAAGCGAGCCCUCAUUGCGUCCCGGACAUGUGCGAUCGCCGGGGACGUGCUUGUGUUAUUGACGACGUGGUACCACGCCCCGCGGCCGGCUGCUACCCUCAAACGUGCAUUCGGCUCGAAGAUGCACACGCCGUUCGUUGUUCUGCUCUUGCGCGAUGGCGCCUUCUACUUCAUGUAUGUUCCAGAGUGGCUGGACCGGUGUCCGCUGAUACUGAUCGAAUCUGCCAGCGUUCUCUUGUUGAUCACGGUCGCACAGAUAGUCGUAAAUAACAUUGAGGCACUGUCGAUCGGAACAGUAUUUCUGGUCCCUGCGAUGUCCGUGCUCGUGUCGCGCUUCUUGCUCGACAUCUACGAGGCCGCGGAGGACGCCGGGCAACCUUCGGACCGCGACUUUGAUUCCUCUACGCAUUACACGCUGAAUACGGGUAUCGAGUUCCAGAUGGGCGACUUGGAGUGCAUGGAUGCGACCAUCGCGACGAAUGAGAUAUAUUCCUUCCCUUCCCACUUCACCGAUUCAGGCUUGGGAUGA